AUGUCGACGACAUCUACCCAUCACGCGUUGUUCAUCGAUGAGAUCAUCGUCGAUGUAGUGCGCCAUGCAGAACACGACAGGGAUCUUGCAGCGCUAGCACGGGUCUCUCGGUCGUUUAGCGAGCACGCCCUAGACGCUCUGUGGUUUCAGUUGGACUCAUGCGUACCCCUGCUUCGCUGCCUUCCUGAUGGCCUUAUCGGGGAGGAGAUUCAUGACUCGCUGCUAACAUAUACUAUCCAGCGACCCAUCACUUCCGCCGACUGGACCAUUUUCUUGAAGCACGCCCGGCGUGUUGUGCACCUUGACUGGGGUUUGGGAUCAAGGGCACUCAGCAUCGAUGGGAAAGACUCCUCAGCCGCGCAAGCCAUCCAUCCCGAGGUUCUGAACGUGCUUAGUGCUCCGCCUGUGUCACAUCCGUUCCCGAAGCUCCUCCCUCAGUCACUUGCCUCAUCAUCCUCAUGGGAGAGAUGCCUUUCGAUAAGGCCGCUAUAUCCCUCGUCGUCGCACUGGGAGAUCUAUGUCCGUCGAUGCGCGAGUUCGAGUGGGACACUGAGGCUCCCUGCACUCGACAUCCCCUCUUUCCGCCAGCUUUCAUCCUCGAAGUCUCUUCAAGAGCUCCUCACCGAGCUUCAGGAACCUUUCCCAGACAAUAUCCAGUUCGACGGCCCUGCAUUUCCAGCUAUUACAUUUCUCACCUUGAGAACCCCUCCACGGCGUACCCUGAAAGUGUUUGCAGAUAUCAUCAAGAAGAUGUCCAUCUCCUCUAAAAUGUUCAAUCUUUUCGCCGACAGUACUGAGGAGGCUGCACUCGCCGACCUGAUAGGAGCAAUAUCAGCUCACUGCAACCCCGAGAUACUCGACUAUUUGAUGAUUGUAGAGAACGACAUUUCACAGCAUAGAGAGCCGCAUUUUUGCAUGACGUCUUCGACACUCCGUCCCGCCCUCCGGCUCAGCAGCCUCGCCUCAUUCGACAUCAACACGGAUCGGAGCGUCCAGCUGAACAACGAUGAUCUCCUCGAAAUGGCUAGUGCGUGGCCAAAGCUUGGAAACCUUAGCUUAAACUACCACAGUGGCUGGAGAAUACAUUCGCAAGCCACUCUUAUCGUUUUGCGUGGCCUGCUCGACCGUCUCCCGCGUUUGAAACGUCUUUCGAUCGCCGUUGACGCCGAGCGUGCUCUUACUGACGAUAAAAUACUCCAAGAGCUCACUCACUCCUCGUCCAUCAACCCGCGUACCGCGGUCCCUGCCUUCAAGCUUGACCUGCUUGAUUCCAGAAUCGGCGCAGGCGCUCGCAUCAUAAACGCUAUUGCAGAGUUUCUAUCCGAUCUUUUCCCCAGCUUUCGAUACUUUGACUACUGGCAAGUACAAAACCCGACCCAUGCUGACGCCCGCACGCAAGCGGAGCAGUGGUCAGCGGUGAAGCGAGAAAUGGAGAGCAUGCGUCAGGUCAAGAGUCAGGAAAAGGCGAGGUAGAUGAGGAAACUAUUAAUGUGCGAUGGAUGAUCAGUAAAUACCUGCUUAUUUGAUGCUUCGUAGUCACGGACGUACAUUUAGCCCCGGACCUACACACGCUACCCGUCCAGUCACGUUCAC